AUGGUUCCCCGGCCCAACCUGAAAGUGUCAGACCGGACGGGUCUCAAAUCACCGCCGCAGGAUCGAACACUACGAUUCAGAAAAGAUGGCACUUUCCAUAUCGCUGUAUUUGAGGACCUUCAUUUCGCCGAACAUAACGACAAGGAUGCCAAAUCGAAAAAGGUGAUGUCAUACAUUCUUGCCGAAGAAGACAUCGACUUUGUAGUUCUCAAUGGCGACCUAGUAUCAGGCGAAAGGACACUGAAAAGCAACUCCAGCGAAUAUGUCCUCUCCGUCAUUUCGCCGCUUGUCAACGAGGGAUAUCUUUGGGCGUCGACCUACGGCAACCACGACAGCGAGAUCAAUCUCGACCCGGAAGAAGACGUAUUCAAAACUGAGACGCGGUUCCGCAGCAGCUUGACGCAGAGCAGAGUUUCUGGGCCCAGGGCUGGAAUUACAAAUUAUUAUUUACCGGUUUUUUCCCAUUCAGCAUCGAAAACCAACAAGCCCGCACUUCUCUUGUGGUUCUUUGAUUCUAAGGGUGGACAUUAUCACCAAAAAAAUGGGGAGGGCGGUUUAUCAGCUAAGAGACCUAAUUGGAUCGAUGGAUCAGUGGUGGAUUGGUUCACCUCGACCAAUUCCAAGCUAAAAGCUGAGUUUGGGGUCAUCCCAUCGCUGGCAUUCUAUCACAUUCCUACCCAUGCAAUGCUUCAUUAUCAGCAAGAAGGAAGCGUUCAUCCACAACUGAAUCCCGGUCACAACUGCGAAAGGGUGAAAGCGCAAGGCACCAUAGACUGGAGCUAUGGUAGCCAGGAUGUGAAAUUUAUGAAAGCGCUUCUUGAAACUGAGGGGCUGGUCGCAGGAUUCAGUGCCCAUGAUCAUCAAAAUGAUUGGUGCUUCAAAUGGGACGAAUCGCUCACGGAACACGGAUUGACCGGAAAUGGUAUCAACUUGUGCUUCGGUCGGCACACAGGGUAUGGAGGAUACGGAAAUUUGACCCGCGGUAGCCGCCAAAUUUUACUCCAUGAAUCUAACCUCAGAGAUAAUAUUGAAACAUGGGUUAGAUUAGAAAAUGGGGCUGUUUCAGGCAACGUCACGCUGAACUCGACUUACGGCCAGGAUCUUUACCAAACGGUUACUAAUGGUGUUGGGAAGCCGAGUGUCCACGUGCAGGGCCAUCUGCUCUCCGUGUUCUCGUUAUGGGCUUGCUUUUUAGCUCUGUGGCGUUAG